ACGUAUUGCCACCGCGUCAUGCCUAACCCUCGUGUGUCCAUCAUGAAAAACAGUGUGGCGUGAGAUCUCGUGUCCUGAGUGUGUGUGUGUGUGUGUGUGUUAGUGAGAGCCUCGUCCGGCGGCAGACUGUGAGGAGAGCACAAUGUGGCGGAAGGCGUGCGAGGUGGUGGCGGCGGCGGCGGUGGUGGUGAUGGUGAUGGUGGCGUGUGUGGUGGGCAGAGCACAGGGGUUGGCGUAUGACCUGCGCACCGACCCAUCCCUGUACAAUAUAGGCGGGGGCAUCUAUGACGUGACCGGCCCCGCUGCUGGAGUCAAUAUGAUGGGCUACGCCAACCCGGCCCAGAUCAACAGCGGCAUCCACAUGCGGCUGUUCUCCCGCGCCUUCAUCCUGGACGACACCCAGCGCCGCGUGGUGUUCGUGAGCGUGGACUGCGGCAUGAUGGGUUCCCUCAUCAAGACCAAGGUGGUGGAGAGGCUGCAGGCGGAGUACGGGGCCCUGUACACCAACGCCAACGUGAUGCUGAGCGGCACACACACGCACUCUGGCCCCGGUGGCUUCCUGGAAUACCUCCUUUUCGACAUCACCUCGCUCGGCUUCAUCAAGGAGACGCUAGACGCAAUGGUGGAGGGCAUCUUCCAGAGCAUCAAGCAGGCGCACGAGGGCGUGGUGCCGGGCCACCUGUACCUGAGCAGUGGCGACAUCCUGGACGCCUCCAUCAACCGCUCCCCCACAGGCUACCUCAACAACCCUGAGGAGGAGCGCGCCAGGUACCUCUACGACACCGAUAAGACCAUGACGCUGCUCAGGCUGGAGGCGCAAGACGGCACGCCGCUGGGUAUGGUCAACUGGUUCGCGGUUCACCCCACCUCCAUGAACAACACCAACACCCUUAUCUCGGGCGACAACAAGGGCUACGCGUCCCAGCUCUUCGAGGAGGUCAUGAACCCCGGGGCCAUGCCAGGCAAGGGCAAAUUCGUCGCGGCCUUUGCCCAAUCCAACUGCGGAGACGUGAGCCCGAACAUCAAGGGUCCCCACUGCAUCGACACGGGGCUGCCCUGCGACCUGGCCACCUCCACCUGCGACGGGCGGGUCCAGAAGUGCAUCGCCUCGGGGCCGGGCAGGGACAUGAUGGAGAGCACCAAGAUCAUCGCCACCAGGCAGUUUGCUAAGGCCAUGGAUCUGUACAACGACCCUGGCGCGGUGAAGGUGUCGGGGCCCGUGCUCUUCGCCCAGCAGUUCAUAGACAUGGCCAACUAUACGGUGCAUCUGGAAGGCGGCAACACGAGUUCAACAUGCAUGCCAGCGCUGGGCUACAGUUUCGCCGCGGGCACCAUCGACGGUCCAGGCGCCUUUGACUUCACGCAGGGCACCACGGAGGGCAACCCCUUCUGGAACAUGGUGAGCGGCAUGCUGCACAAACCCUCAGAGGAGCAGAUCGCCUGUCACGCCCCCAAGCCCAUCCUGCUGGACACUGGUGAGAUCAACAUGCCCUACCCGUGGCACCCGCGCAUCAUGGACACGCAGGUGGGGCUCGUGGGGCAGCUGGCCAUCCUUCCUGUGCCCGGGGAGUUCACCACCAUGUGCGGCAGACGCUUCAGGGAAAAGGUUGCGUCGGUGCUGGAGGCGAGCGGCAUGGAAGGGGUGGUCCCAGUGCUGGCGGGUCUGUCCAACGUGUACUCCCACUACAUCGCCACGUGGGACGAGUAUCAGGUGCAGCGCUACGAGGCCGCAUCCACUAUCUUCGGCCCCCACACCUGCGCCGCCUACAGACAGCAGUACACCUACCUGGCCCAGUCCAUCUUUAACGGAAACGAGGUGCCGCCGGGCCCGUCACCCCCUGACCUGAGUGACAGUGUGCUCUCGCUGCUGCCCGGCGUGCUGUUUGACGGGGCGCCCAUGGGGUCUCACUUCGGGGAUGUGGUGGCGCAGCCCUACCCCUUGGCCUACACCGGGGAGACUGUCACGGCCAAGUUUGUGUCGGGGCAUCCCAGGAACGACGUGCUGUUGGGCGGGAGUUUCCUGACCGUGGAGAGACUUGUGAACUCCUCAGGCGUGUGGGAGGUUGUGGCCACUGACGCUAAUUGGGAAACCAGGUUCAUCUGGGAUCGAGUGUCGCUGCUGCUGGGGACAAGCCUGGCUACCGUCAAGUGGGACAUCCCGCACAACACACCAGAGGGCACCUACAGAAUCACGCACACGGGGCAUUGCAAGAGUUUUUUCUUCGGCAUCUCUCCCUAUUUCGGUGCCACGGAGCCGUUCGAGGUGGUGGCGCGGCCUGACGUGACGCUGAUUGAGUUUGCGGAGGAACCACAGGAAAGGAACUCAGGGUCUGCUCUCCCCAAGCCCUGGUGGCUCAAGAUCUUCGGCUUCUAAGUUUCCCUGCUGUUGGUGUUGUUGUUGCUGCUGGCGAUGUGGCUGGUACCUCUCUCUCUCUCUCUCUCUCUCUCUCUCUCUCUCUCUCUCUGAAUGCUACUCAGAUGUUUAGAAAUAAAACUGUUGAAUACA